CCCGGCUACGGCUAGCGGUAAUAUUUGGUUCUUCACCGACAAUUUGUAACCUCCAAAAAACAUACAAUACAGUAAUAAAAAGGAAGAUAAAUCAAAAUGUAACCAAAACGAAAAUCCAGACUCUAUCCAGCCCAAUAUUGCAGGGGCCGCUUUUAAGCCCAUAAUCUGUUUUCUUUUUCAACAAUGAAAAAAAAAAAAAAAGAAUUACAAAAGCAAGUCGUGGGUCUGGAAUGUUCGACGCUAUCAGAGUAACAACCACAAACUCCCGGUUUGCAACACUGUCGCUCGAAACUUCGGUUUAGAGUAUAUUUAAUUAUUUAACCGCCCCCACCUCAUUUCAGUACUUCAAUACUCUUCUGUCUCUUAAACCCUAAAACCCUAAUUUCCCCUCCUCCAAGAAAGCCACCCAGAUUUUAAGAGAAAAAAGAACCGAGUAAAAUCCAUCCGGAAAAACCACCCGUUGUUCUGUUCUCAAUGGCUGCCGCCGCCGUUUUACUCAGAUCUUUCCGUCGCCGGGAUCUGGCUACCUCUUCUCUUUCUGCUUAUAAAUCGUUCGUUGGAAAUGCCAAACCAUCAUGGGUUUCUGCACCUUCAAGUCUUGGUAGACUUGCUAGACCAUUCAGCACACAAGGAGUUGGAAAUGAAGUCAUUGGCAUAGACCUUGGGACCACAAACUCUUGUGUUGCUAUCAUGGAGGGCAAGAAUCCAAAAGUAAUUGAGAACUCUGAAGGUUCUCGAACCACUCCGUCGGUUGUUUCCAUCAACCAGAAAGGAGAAUUGCUUGUUGGUACACCAGCCAAACGUCAGGCCGUCACCAAUCCAACCAACACUUUGUUUGGGAUCAAGCGUCUUAUUGGUAGACGUUUUGAUGAUCCUCAGGUGCAGCAGGAAAUGAAGAUGGUUCCAUAUAAAAUUGUUAGGGCUCCCAAUGGGGAUGCCUGGGUUGAGGCUAAUGGAAAGCAGUAUUCUCCUAGCCAAGUUGGAGCCUUUGUGCUUACAAAAAUGAGGGAAACUGCUGAGGCUUACCUGGGCAAGCAAGUAAACAAAGCUGUGAUUACAGUCCCAGCUUAUUUCAAUGAUGCCCAAAGGCAAGCUACUAAGGAUGCUGGGCGCAUUGCAGGUCUUGAUGUCCAGAGAAUUAUCAACGAGCCUACUGCUGCUGCCCUUUCAUAUGGUUCCAGCAACAAAGAGGGUCUAAUUGCUGUCUUUGACCUUGGUGGUGGCACUUUUGAUAUUUCCAUUUUGGAGAUUGCUAACGGUGUAUUUGAGGUUAAAGCAACAAAUGGUGACACCUUUUUGGGAGGAGAGGACUUUGAUAAUGCUUUGUUGGAAUAUUUGGUUGCUGAAUUUAAGAGAACUGAUGCCAUUGACCUGACCAAAGAUAGACUUGCCCUCCAAAGACUUCGGGAAGCAGCUGAGAAAGCUAAAGUAGAACUCUCAUCAACAGCCCAGACCGAAAUUAAUCUGCCAUUUAUUACUGCUGAUGCUAGUGGUGCAAAGCAUUUGAAUAUCACAUUGACCAGAUCAAAGUUUGAGAGUCUAGUCAAUCACUUAAUUGAGAGGACUAGAGAUCCUUGCAAGAAUUGUUUGAAGGAUGCUGGUAUCACUACUAAGCAGGUUGAUGAGGUACUGUUAGUUGGAGGUAUGACCCGUGUUCCAAAGGUGCAGGAAGUUGUUGCGGAGCUUUUCGGUAAGUCCCCAAGUAAAGGUGUGAACCCUGAUGAGGCAGUAGCCAUGGGAGCUGCUAUUCAGGGAGGUAUCCUCCGUGGUGAUGUGAAGGAGCUUCUGCUUCUGGAUGUCACUCCACUGUCUCUUGGUAUUGAGACACUAGGAGGUGUAUUUACUAGGCUGAUCAACAGGAACACUACCAUUCCUACAAAGAAAAGCUCGGUGUUUUCAACUGCUGCUGACAACCAAACUCAGGUCGGCAUUAAAGUAUUGCAAGGAGAGCGUGAGAUGGCAUCUGAUAACAAGCUCCUUGGUGAGUUCGAGCUGACAGGUAUUCCUCCUGCCAUGAGGGGCACCCCACAAAUUGAAGUCACAUUUGACAUUGAUGCCAAUGGCAUUGUUACGGUUUCUGCAAAGGACAAGACCACUGGUAGGGCACAACAGAUCACUAUUCGUUCGUCCGGCGGAUUAUCAGAAUCUGAGAUUGAGAAGAUGCUCAAGGAAGCUGAGCUGCAUGCACAAAUGGAUCAAGAGAGAAAGGCAUUGAUUGAAGUCAAGAACCAAGCUGAUAGCACAGCCUACAGUGUUGAGAAUAGCUUGAAUGAAUACAGGGACAAAAUUCCAGCAGAAGUGGCUUCUGAGAUAGAGACAGCUGUGCGUGAAUUGAGAGAGUCCACAACGGGCGACAGUGUUGACAACAUUAAAGCCAAGAUCGAUGCUGCAAACAAGGCCGUCUCAAAGAUUGGAGAACACAUGUCUGGGAAAGGUGGGUCGGGAUCAGGUGGCCAGGGUGGCGACCAGGGUGGCGACCAGGCACCCGAAGCAGAAUAUGAAGAAGUAAAGAAGUAGAGGAGUCAAGAAUGAAAGGCAGAAUUUGAGUCUUGUUCAUUAAGAUCUUUUGUCUGCAAUACUAGUUAAUUUUAAGGAGAUUUGUAUUUAAGCUCGAAAGCUUUCCCUGUGGUAGAACUCCUAAUUUGAUCUUUUGUGAAUCCAUAAACGCCGAUGAGUAGAUUUCUGAAAGGAAUUUUUGUUUCACCACUAAUCCUUUUUAUGUAAUAAUAUUUCGGGAUGAGGGAUUUGUUAUUGAAUCAUGGGAAUGGAUUAGAAGUUAUCGCGGAUCACUUCAAUUUUUUUAAUCUCCUAGUUUAGUGUUGCUGUUACGGAUCUAAUAUAUAAAAGGCUUUGAAACUUGUUUGUUCUGCAUCAAACCUGUAGAACCCAGAAACCU